ACAGAGGGGCAGGGUGAAUGUGGGAGGUUUUAGGACUGAUGUCGACAAAUAAUGGAAUGAAUGAGAAUUUCAGAAGCAGAUGAGCUGGGACAGGGGCGAAGUCGGUGAUGAUAUUGGGGUGGAAAUAGGGGUUUUACUGCUGAUUUGGACAUGUGGUUAGGAUGUCAGUUUGGGAUGAAAUAGGUACCAAGGUGCUAAAAAGUCUAUUUCAAUGCGAGACGAUUCCCAGGGAGAGGUUCAGUUGGCGGUUGGGGAAUGGAGUUCAUAACAAGGACUGAAGGCACUGACUUUCAUCCUCUGACAGUUGAUUGAAGGAAGUCUCUGUUUCUCAAGUAUUGAAUAUUAAACAGAUCAGGAUGAAAUUACCAAGAGGAUGAUUUCAAAUCAGGAUACUGAAACCAAACACUCUGAUCUGAUGGAGUCAUCCAAUUUAUCACAUUUGGAAUAUCAACAGAUUUUAAACCUGGAAGAAGACAGCACCAUCCACAGUGGGGAGAACAGAUACACAUGUUCAGUGUGCAGAAAAGGCUUCAGCCAAGCAAUUGGCCUCAAGAAUCACAAAUGCAGUCACACUGGAGAGAAACCAUGGAAAUGCGGGGACUGUGAAAAAGGAUUCAGUUGCCGUUCUGCGCUGAGAAUUCAUCAACGUGUUCAUACAGGGGAGAAGCCGUUCACUUGCUCCCUUUGUGGGAGAGGAUUCACUCAGUUAUCCACCCUACUGAAACACCAGCGAGUUCACACUGAGGAGAGACCUUUUAAAUGUCCAGACUGUGGGAAGUACUUUAAAAGUUCCAGUGAUCUGAAAACCCAUCAGCGUGUUCACACUGAGGAGAGACCUUUUAAAUGUUCAAACUGUGGGAAGUGCUAUAAAAGUUCUAGUGAGCUGAUGUCCCAUCGACGCGUUCACACUGAGGAGAGACGGUUCAGGUGCUCUGACUGCGGAGCUGGCUUCAAGUGGUCAUCUCAACUCAUUGUUCACCAGCGCAUUCACACUGGGGAGAGGCCAUUCACCUGCUCUGAAUGUGGAAUUGGAUUCACUCAGUCAUCCCACCUCAAGUCACACCAGCAGGUUCAUACUGAGGAGAGACCUUUUAAAUGUACAGACUGUGGGAAAUACUUUAAAAGUUCUCAUUAUCUGCAGUCCCAUCAACGUGUUCACACUGAUGAGAGACCUUUUAAAUGUUCAGAGUGUGGGAAGUGCUUUAAAGGUUCCAGGGAGCUGAUCAUUCAUCACCGUGUUCACACUGACGAGAGACCGUUCAGAUGCUCUCACUGUGGAAAUGGGUUCAAAAGAUCAUCUCAACUCACUUUACACCAACGUCUUCACACUGGGGAGAGGUCAUUCAUCUGCUCUGAAUGUGGACAGGUAUUCAUUAGGUUCUCCAUUCUGUUGAAGCACCAGCGUGAUCAUUCUGGGGAGAGGCCAUUCACCUGCACUGAGUGUGGGAAAGAAUUUUGUGAGUCAUCCCACUUCAAGGCACACCAGCAAGUUCACACUGAAGAGAAACCUUUCAAAUGUCUAGACUGUGGGAGAAGUUAUAAAAGUUUCUUGGAGCUGCAGUUACAUCAGCCUGUUCACACUAACGAUAAACCAUUCAGGUGCUCUCAGUGUGGGACUGGGUUCAAGUGGUCAUCUCGUCUCACUGUACAUCAGCGCACUCAUACCGGAGAAAGACCGUUCACCUGCUCUGAGUGUGGAAAGGGAUUCACUCAGAAAAUCCACCUGCUGACACAUCAGCGAGUUCACACUGGGGAGAGACCUUUUAAAUGUACAAAUUGUGGGAAGUGCUACGCAAGAUCAUGGGAUUUGAUACGCCAUCAACGUGUUCACUCUGAGAGGCCUUUUAAAUGUCCAGACUGACAAAGUUCUGGGAACUGAUGCUACAUCAAUAGCGUUCACAUCGAUGAGAGACCAUUCAGAUGCAUUCACUGUUUGAUUGGGUUCAGAUGAUCAUCUCAACUCACUGUACAUCAGCGAGUUCACACUGGAGAAGCCAUUCAUCUGCACUGAAUGUGGGAAAGGAUUCUGUCAAAAAUCCCACCACGUGGCACACCUGUGGAGUCAGCAACGAGUCCAUGGGUGACUUCAGGAGCUGUAAUGUGUUGUUAAUUAUAUUCAGUCACAAACAUGUUAACACAUCCAGCCCAGCUUUAGGUGAUAACAGUAUGGAUAAAGAUAAUUAUUUGGAUUUUGAAUUAUACACACAGUCUGAUGGAUCUAUUUAAUAUCUGGAACAAUUUCUUGAGUAUAAAUCAGAAAACUAGAUGUCCACGUAAUAUACAUAAUACAGUAAUAAUAGGUAUUUUCAACUCCAAUGCGGACUGGGUGAACCUAAUCAGUAUGAAUACUGCGGAGGGUGAAUUUCUGCAGUUUGUACUGAAUCAUUUUAGAUUUGGUUUUAAGUUGAGUUUUCUGUAAAGACAAGGGUCAUUAAUAAUCUUGCUGUUCAGGAGUCUUUAUUAAAUAGUAGCCAGAAUAUAGAAUUUUAAUUAGGUUUAAAUUAAUAUAGAGACAAAAAGAGAAUUUGCUGGAAACAGGUGUGUGGAGAGAAGUCAGAGUUAACGUUUCAAGUCAAGUGAUCCUUCCUCAGUUCUGAGAGGUUCUAUUUUAGUCUCUGAUCUACAGUAUCUGCAGUUAUAGACUCAUAGAGAUGUACAGCACGGAAACAGACCCUUCGGCCCAACACAUCCAU